CAUCCAAAUAACGAAGAACUUGCGUGUGUGUGGUGACUGUCAUCAAGCGACGAAACUGAUCGCUGCCAUUCGACGAUGUCACAUAGUGGUUCGUGAUGCGAACCGAAUUCAUCAUUUCGAUCCGGAUGGUCACUGUUCAUGUAAUGACUAUUUCUGA